AUGAUUAAACCAAUUUUGUGCAUUUUUCUAAUAAUUUCACCAAUAUUCUCUGAAAAAACGAAACAAUAUGUUGGACUAUCAAGUGAAGAUGAAACUACGAAGAAAUAUCAAACUUUGAAGCUUCAUAUUUCAAAAGAAACUGACUUCGAUUUCGAUCAAUUGACAGAUGUUCCAAAAGUCGAAAAAGUGCUAACCGCUGGUCCAGAAUAUGUCACCGAAACCGAAACUGCAGAUCCAGAAACAUUGAAAGAUGCGAUUGACACUUAUCAAAAGGGAUUAUCAUUUAUCGAGCGCGGAAAAGGACAUGGUCGAGAUGGUAAACUAGCAGCUCAUCGAUUAUUCAAAUUGGCUUCAGAUUCUGGACAUUUAGAAUCAGCUAAACUCACAGCAUUCGCAAAUUUAUUCGGUGAUUAUGCUCGAUGGUCAGUUGAAGAUGCGAAAAAAGUUUUCCGAAAGCUUGCAGCACAAGGUUCAGCUGAUGCUAAUUUCGCGUUAGGAUUCAUGCAUGCUACUGGAAUCGGAAUGAAAAAUCCAGACGAAGCGAAAGCAUUUCUUUAUUAUUUAUUUUCGGCACAAGGAGGAAGUCCGUUUGGUCAAAUGGCAAUUGGUUAUCGUCAUCUUUUUGGUGUUGGUGUUCCACAAAACUGCGAAUCGGCUCUUUCAUAUUAUCAAAGAGUUGCCAAAAAAGUUGCAGAUGAGGUGACAUUCACAACAAAUCCAGCAACACAACGACUUCGACUAAAUGAUGAAGUUGAUCCAACUGUUAAUUUACCAUCUGGAACAGCUCCAAUCGAUCCAAAUCUUCUAGAUUAUUAUAGUAUGAUGGCUGAAAAGGGUGACGCAACAACGCAACUUGGAUUGGGUCAAUUAUAUUUAUACGGAGGACGCGGAGUCACUCAAGAUUUUCUACUCGCUUAUAAGUAAACCAAUAUUUUCACUUCAAAAAUUGAUCAUAAUGUUGUUGUUUUUCAGAUAUUUAGCUCUAGCCGCUGAACAUGGAAGUUCUGAUGGUUAUGCGUUGAUCGGAAAAAUGUAUUUGGAUGGUGUUUUCGAUAAAGGAACCGAUGAGAACGCAUUCGAUUUUCUGCAAAAAGCAGUUGAUAAAGGAAAUUCGGCAGCUCAAGCAACUCUCGGAGUCAUGUAUUUGAAAGGUCGUGGAGUUUAUCGAAAUUACGACAAGGCUUAUAAAUUAUUGACGAUGGCGGCUGAUAAAAAACACGUUGAUGGUCAAUUGUAUUUAGGAGAGAUGUAUUAUAGUAAGUUUACUUUUUGAAUUUAUUUUCUAAAAUAUUUUGUUUUUUUCUUCAGAAGGGAUUCCUACACAAGAAGGAGUAAAACGCGAUUUCGCAAAAGCUUUGAAGUUAUUCCAACUCGCCGCGCAAAAUGGUCACGUUUUGGGAUUGUAUAACUUGGCUCAAAUGUAUUCCACUGGCACUGGAGUUAGUAGAUCUUGUAGUCAUGCUACAGAUUUUUUCAAAAAUGUGGCAGAACGUGGAAAAUGGACAACUCGAUUAACCGAUGCUUAUAAUGCGUAUAAAGAAGGGCGACACGAUGAAGCAGCGAUUGUCUAUGCUUUUAUGGCAGAAUUAGGAUAUGAAGCUGCACAAUCGAAUUUGGCACAUAUUUUGGAUCGACAAGAAGCGAAUGCUUUGUUUUCGGAAGAUGUUGAAAAACGAUAUGGAAGAGCAAUUGUGAAUUGGCAAAGAUCGGCAAAUCAAGGUUUUCUAAAAAAAAAUGUUGGUAAAUUGUUAAAUUUAUUUUUUAAUUGUAGAAUAUUCAAUCGCUCGACUUCGCCUUGGAAACUAUUACUACUAUGGUCACGGUGUACCAAUUGAUCAUAAUUUGGCUUUCAAUCACUAUAAAACAGCUGUAGAUCGACAUGCUUUACCACAAGCAAUGUUCAAUUUGGGUUAUAUGUAUGAGACUGGAAAAGGAAUUACAAAAGUGGGUUUUUUUUUGGAUUUCAGGGGAAGCGUGGAAAGUAACACUUCAAAAAUUUCGUAAUUUUGAAAAUUUUAUAUCGAAAAAUACUGUCAUCUUUUGAUUUUCCAGGAUCUUCACCUCGCCAAAAGAUACUAUGAUCAAUCCAUCGAACACAGUCUCGAUUCAUAUCUCCCAUCAAAACUUGCCUUAACCAAACUUGCCUUCGUUUUUCUUCUCGAAGAAAUCAACAAAAAUCAUGUGAUCAUGUAUUUCGAAGAACUUGUCGGUCCACAUUGGGAUAUUAUAUUUAUUGCCACAAUUAUUGGUGGACUCAUCUACUUUUUGCCAAUCGAAUUCGAUAUUUAUGAACAAAGAAACAUUCCAAACGUCUUUUUUGUCUAG